UGAGCGCUGGAAGGGGCUGGGCUCUAUUGGGGGCCACUGAGCGACGCUCGGGGACUGGGGCUCGGUGCGGGAGCCUAAGGGGGCGUCUGCUCGGCAGAGGGUAGACACUCCGGGUCCGAGGCGGAGGGGUGGGGGCCAGGGCCCGCAGCCCCCCACCCCACCCGUCACCCCGGAGCGAGAGGAGAUCUGCUUUCUUGGUUUUGCUUCUUUUCCCCCACCCCCACCCGGGGGCUGGGGCGAGGGGAGUCAGGUUACAGGGUGCUUGGGGAGGGGGGUUUAGGGGUGGGUCUAUCUUUCUAUCUCGCUUUCUUCCCCCCUCCCCAGCUCUUUGUUCCCCCUCCCUACACACCCCCUCCUCUCUCCCCUCCCCUCCUCUCUCCUCUUCUCCCUUCCACCACCUCUCUCUCUCUCCCUCUCUCUCUCCCCCAGCUUUUGUUUCGCCAUGCCUAGUCUAGUGGUAUCUGGAAUAAUGGAAAGAAAUGGGGGCUUUGGAGAAUUAGGAUGUUUCGGGGGAAGCGCUAAGGACCGAGGGCUACUGGAAGACGAGCGCGCCCUUCAGCUGGCGCUUGAUCAACUCUGCCUCCUGGGUUUGGGGGAGCCCCCCGCCCCCACGGCGGGCGAGGACGGGGGAGGUGGGGGGGGCGGCGCCCCCGCGCAGCCGGCCGCCCCCCCGCAGCCGGCCCCGCCGCCGCCGCCCGCCGCGGCCCCGGCCGCCCCGAGCGCGGCCCCCGCGGCGCAGACGCCCCAGCCCCCCGCCGCCCCCAAAGGGGCGAACGACGCCAAGCUCUGCGCGCUCUACAAAGAGGCCGAGCUGCGCCUGAAGGGCAGCAGCAACACCACGGAGUGCGUUCCCGUGCCCACCUCCGAGCACGUGGCCGAGAUCGUGGGCAGGCAAGGCUGCAAGAUUAAGGCUUUGAGAGCCAAGACCAACACCUACAUCAAGACACCUGUGCGAGGUGAGGAGCCCGUGUUCAUGGUGACUGGGAGACGGGAAGACGUGGCCACAGCCCGGCGGGAAAUCAUCUCAGCAGCUGAGCACUUCUCCAUGAUAAGAGCCUCACGCAACAAAUCUGGCGCCGCCUUUGGUGUGGCCCCUGCUCUGCCGGGCCAGGUGACCAUUCGUGUUCGAGUGCCCUACCGUGUGGUGGGACUGGUGGUGGGCCCCAAGGGAGCGACUAUCAAACGCAUCCAGCAGCAGACCAACACAUACAUCAUCACCCCCAGCCGGGACCGCGACCCGGUGUUCGAGAUCACCGGCGCCCCAGGUAACGUGGAACGUGCGCGGGAGGAGAUCGAGACGCACAUCGCUGUGCGCACCGGCAAGAUCCUCGAGUACAACAGCGACGGCGACUUCCUGGCCGGCAGCCCCGACACUGCGUUGGACAGCCGCUACUCGGACGCCUGGCGGGUGCAUGCCCCGGGCUGCAAGCCGCUUUCCACCUUCCGACAGAACAGCCUGGGCUGCAUCGGCGAGUGCAGUGUGGACUCGGCCUUCGAGGCCCCGCGCCUAGGCGAGCAGGGCGGGGACUUCGGCUACGGCGGGUAUUUGUUUCCGGGCUAUGGCGUGGGCAAGCAGGACGUCUACUACGGCGUGGCUGAAACGAGUCCCCCGUUGUGGGCGGGCCAGGAGAACGCCACGCCCACCUCGGUGCUCUUUUCUGCCUCUUCCUCUUCUUCAGCCAAGGCACGCGCAGGCCCACCGGGUGCACACCGCUCUCCAGCCACCUCUGCGGGGCCAGAGCAGCUGGCCGGGCUCCCUCGGCGACCGCCUGGAGAACCACUGCAGGGCUUCUCUAAACUGGGGGCGGGAGGGCUGCGGAGUCCAGGCGGCGGGCGGGACUGUAUGGUGUGCUUUGAGAGCGAAGUGACAGCAGCCCUGGUGCCCUGUGGACACAACCUUUUCUGCAUGGAGUGUGCAGUACGCAUCUGCGAGAGAACGGACCCAGAGUGUCCUGUCUGCCACAUCACCGCCACGCAAGCCAUCCGAAUAUUUUCCUAAGCUCCCUGUCCCUGGUCUGGGCCCGCUGCCCAGGGUGACACCCUGGACCUGUAGGGCCUUUUGGAAAGUCAGUGACUACAGGGCAAGGUGGCUUAGAAAUAUUCGCUCCCUGGGGUGGGGAAGGGAGGCAUGAGUGGCUGGGGGGGCAGCCACUUUCAGAACCUCUGGUUACCCUUUGGGAGGGGGCCAGACCGUAAGUUUUACUAGAGUUACAACUCUGAUACCUCAACACACCCUUAAAUCUGGAAGCAGCUAUAGAAGCUUUUGUUUAGCCUGCUGUCCACCAGGGCAUCCUGACCUUUCCCUUCUCCCCAUCCGUGUGUCAUUUUGCCCCUUCCUCUGUGGAGGGGUAAGACAACACAGGAGGGGGAGAAUUGCCAUCUGUAACCAGAGGUGCUCUUAGUGAUUCCCGCCCCUCUGGUCCUGACCUCCCACCUCCUAACAUAACCCUUUAUCCCCCUCCCCACUCGUAUCCUGAGUUCCCAGCAGUAUGAGGGAGAUGGGGGCCUAUCAGAUCUGGAGUGAGGAGGAGGUCAAUCAAUAAAGGGCUCACAACUCAUCUGUCUUACAAAGCUGGGCUGGAGAGAUCUGGAAAGAAGCUUCCCUUUCCCUCCAACUUUUUGCUUGGCUUCCCCAGCUUUUCUUCUGGGUUUGCCCCUUGCUUUUUUCCAUUUCUUCAACCCCCCUCCCCUGGCUGUCCUCCUUGUCUAUCUUCCUUUCCCCUUCCUGCCCCUUCUAGCCCAGCUUUGGGAAUACCAUCCUCCUGGGGAGAAGUGCCCCCAGUUCCUCUUCAUGUACUGGAUAGCUCUGUCCCCCACUCCUCCAAAGAACCCGUUCCAGUUCUUGAUGGAAUGUAGCCGUAGACUCAGUGCCAGUUCGAGAGGGAAACCGAUAAUGGGGGUAUGUAAGGGUUGAAACCCCUCCUUUAUCAUGUAUGGGCAUUAUACUUAGGGCGCACUUCUGGGUCUUCUGGCCAAGGGAAGAGAAAAUGGGAAGUAGGAAAAGUCCUGGGGCAGGAAAGACGUGGAUGGACGGCUCCCCCUCCCCCUCACCUGCAGUGGCCUACCCCCUGACCUCGCUGCACCGGCUGGACCAUUAUUGAAUCCGUAUUAGCCACAAAUCAUGAAGUCUCUGUCUUACCCACUGGCUGAGGAGAGAGGCCAGAUCUUUGGUGAGGGUCCAAAGCAUUGAGACUCAGCAGGGCCUGUUACAAGAAUCAGGUGUUGUGAUAGGGCCUGGCACCCUUUGCUGUUCCCAUUGCUCACUUGUCUGUCUAUCCCGCAGCCUCCUACCCUCCUGGUUCCGCUGGCCGGGCCAGGAGAGGAUGGGUGAUGGGGAGGCCCCGGGAGGUGCUUGUAUAUAGUCAGGUGGGACUAUGAGCUCUUCUAGCUCAGAAGUCCCAUUCUUCCUGGAUGGAGAAGGGAUGUGGGAUGAGGGCACAGAGGGAGGUCCUCUCUCCCCUUUGCCUAUUGUGAAUUAACUUGCCUCUCCUCAGCCUUCCCCUCCAGACCACCAGCCUGGGAGGGGAGAGGAAGGAGGCUACAGCCCAGAAAACUGGCCUGUGGCAGCUUCCCUCCUCUCCACCAAUGUGAGCCAUCUUGAGAUGUCUGUACAAUAGAAACCAAACCAAAUGGGCACCCUGGGUUGCCCAGGGGCAGGGCACGGGAGGGGGUGGGAAGAAGGGAUGUCUGUCUGUCGACCCCCUCCCCCUCUCCACUCCUUACCCACAAAGGCAAAGACUGUUACAGUAGGGGCUCCACAGGUCCAGUCCCACCCUUGAGGAGGAGCCUUUCCUAGAAACUAGCGCAAACCGCAAAAGUGAGCGACAAGAGAGAAAGCAAUGAGGGAGUGAGAUGGUGACCAACAAGGGAGGAAACAAAAAUAGCAAAAAAGAAAAAAAAAGCAGUUCUUUAUAAUUUAAUAUUCUAUUUUAAUAAAGGCAUUUAUUACCGUAUAAAUGUAGCAAAGAACCUGGGCUAAUAUGAAAAAAAGACUUUUUAUUAGGUAAUUUAUUAUAUGAAAAGGAUAUUUUAUUUUAUGAUAAAGUGAUCCUUAAAAAAACUUUAGAAGGUUUAGAAUAUAUGUAGGGAGAGAAGAAAAAAUACAUUUGUAUUCAGAGUUAAAUCUUAAAAAAGUUUUUAAUAUAUGUUCGGGUUUAUGUUCUUUCUUCCCCCCACUUUUUUUUGGGGAGAAAUAUCAUUUGCUUUUCUUGGGGGAGCAUCCUGGGAUGGCUGGUGGAGAGAGGGGAUGGGGGAGAUGGUCCCUUCUGGGGCCCCCACCAGUAGAUUGGAUUUCAUUCUGUGGGCUCCCCUCCUCCUCCUCCCCCUCAGGGGAGCCGGCAGAGCCAAACAAAGGAAGGGAUUAACCAGAAAGGAAGAAGCUUUGGGACUAAGGACUGAGGGUCCUGGGAUGUCCCCUCCUUCCCCUACCCUGUGCCAGGGGCAAGUGAGGGAGAAGGCAAAACUGAGGCCUAGCAGGCCUAUGGAAACCCUCAGAGGUGUGAGAUUUAAGAGAAAUAGAUUUUUUUUUAACCAAAAAAAGAGAGAGAAAUGAGAAAGAAAAACCGAGGGGUUUAAAAGAAGAGAAUACUACAAAAUAAUUCAAAUUUAUUUCAUAUAAUCCUAGAGAAAGAAAAAAGAAUUACUAGUUACUUAGUAGACAAUACUCAGAUAGCUUAAAGUUUAGUAGCGUUGUGGGCCCCUGAGCCCAGUAGGAAGUAUAAAGGUAUGGGAAAAAGAAUAGAGGCCGGCGGCUGAGCUGCCCUACCCUGGGGACAGGGCUAGAGCAGGCUGCUAGCUCAGAUUGGGAGCUUCCAGUCUGCUGGGGUUGAUUCUGAGAAUCCUUAGGGUUUUAAGUGUGGGACAGGUACACUUGGGCGUCUGUCCCAAGGUCUUUGCCAGGGUACACACUGGGCAUCUGAAACCAGGUGAGACUGGGCAUCUGCUGGGAAGCCCCUACUCCUAAUGCCCAACCCUCACCCAAGACAGCUUCUCCCAGGCCACACUGAGGAGGUCCUUGAAGUCACCUCAGUCCAUCUUGCUACAGGUUGGUUCAAGAGCAAGGUACAACUGUUCACCAAUGAGCGUGCAAUGCUUGUCGGCCCAGCUUUGCCGUGCCGCAGUGGGAGUGGCGAUGCCGUCUAGUGCUGUUUUCCUCACAGGUGCAGUGUUCUUUUAUUUUUGGACACAGGGUCUCUAGCCCAGCCUGGCCUUACACAAGCAGCCAUCUUCUUGCUCUCUCCAGUUGCUGGGACUACAAGGCAUGCCCACCACACUCGGCUUUGUGGAGUCUCAGAGAAGUCACAUCCCAAGGAAUACUUUCUACUCAGGAAGUAGAGUGCAAAUAUGGCCUGGGAGAACCUGCCCUCCCAAAGUACAGCGGUAAAAGUAAGAAGCUUUGGUGAGCCCAGUGUAGCCCUCGUGUCCUAGCCUCCCUCCUCUAUGUUUAGAUAGGGAUCACCCACUGGCCACAUCGCAUCACCUUCCCCGCAGAAAACUGGAAGCCUGGCUUUUGCAUGUGAGAAAUGAGCAUUUUUAAGCACUUGCCUUGCAUCAGCCCCCACUGGCAAUCAGAUCAGGGUGGGGAGAGGCCUCUUGGCUUUAGUCUGAGCAAGCAGUGCAACCGCUAGGGACCCUAGAGCCCAGACACACCUCCCUCUCCCCAGUUACUCUUUUCACCCCAUCUAGAGAGUAGAGGUCCCCCUACCCUCUUUGCCCUAGGACCCUCGAUAGUUUGAGAUAGUAGCAUCUGGGCAAGGGAAGAAUUUGCCCUUGCCUACAGAGGGUGGUGAGUGCUUGAGAGGUCAGGUGGGUGGGUGGAGGUGGCCCUGGGACAGUAGAGUAGGAUUGUGGUCAGACUUGACUUGAGGCACCUAGUGACUCUUGCAAAUCACCAAGGAAGAUGUUCAAAUGCAAAACAAAGGUGGGAAAUAAAACAGACCCAUGAAUAAUCAAGUCGAAGUGAUGCUGCACACCACGCAGAGAAACCAAGGAGGGGGAGGGUUAAUGUAUUAAACGUGCGAUUGAGAAGUUAAUUUUAUUAAAAGUAUUAUUACGUAAGGCUCUGUCUUUCACUGUGUGGCAGCUGGAAUUGCACUGGGACUGGUACUCUGGUGUGGGAAAUGGGGAUUUCCAGGGUUCCCCGCAAAAGAUGUGGAGAAACAAAAUCCUCCCCUAUUCUACCAACUUCCGUUCUUCCCUGUUUCAGGAUAGGGAAAGGGCUGGAUGGGGUACUCCCCUCCCAUCUUAGGAACCUCUCCUGAGUACGUAUACUAGGCCGCCCCUGCUUCCUAGGAUCUUCCCCCCACCUCUUGCCCAUGGCAUUAAAGUGACCUCAGUUCUUGGCACCAGAGCUUUGGGUACCAGAUGGUGCUGGAGGAUGGUUUCUUUUGUCUUCCAAAUACCCCUCCCCUCCACACAACCUUCCAUCCCCCACCUGCCCUAGGGGUUGGCAGAGGAAAGGGUAGGCAAUUCCUGUCCCCUUGGCACUGUCCCCAGACAGAACUCCAGAAGCAGGCCCUGAGGGGCAGCGGAGAUGGUAGAGAUGACA